GGGACUCACUGAGGCGGGAGAGGCUCAGUCGGCCGGAAGCAGCGCGUGGGGAAGGACCGGGGCCGCUGCUCUCCGGAACUCAGGCGGAGACCCAACGCGGCCCGGCGCGCACGGAGUUAACGUCGCCGCGGCGCGAGGAGCGGAGACGGCGCGAAACCGCGAGGCCCCCGCCCCGCGCCGUCCCCGCGCCCCGCGACCCGCGCCCGGCUCCCCGCACCGCGGGCUGACGCUGGACCCGCAGCAGGAAGCGGAAGGCGGGCAGCCGAGCGGCGAGCACUACUCCGCGCCGAGGUCUGGGUGUGCAAGCGCAGCCCGCCAAAGCCGAGCCCAGUACCCAGCCCUCGACCGCGCCGCCAACUCCCAGUCCCCUCUCCGGGUCUCCAGAGCAGUCCGAGCAGGCGAGGGGCGGGAUGUUCGCGGCUCCGCACCCUGGGCGCUGAGACCAAGCCUGCCGGACAGUGGCAUUCCUUUCUUUUGAAGCUUUUUGGCUGUUGGAUACACCGAUGUGACACCCCCCACCCCCCACCCCCGCCAACCUUACACUUUUUGGAAUGAUGGGGAUCUUUUUGCCGUAUGUUGGAUUUGUUUUCUUUUCCGUUUUAUAUGUACAGCAAGGGCUUUCUUCUCAAGCAAAAUUUACCGAGUUUCCGCGGAAUGUGACAGCAACGGAGGGGCAGAAUGUGGAGAUGUCCUGCGCUUUCCAGAGCGGCUCUGCCUCGGUGUACCUGGAGAUCCAGUGGUGGUUCCUGCGGGGGCCGGAGGAUCUGGAGCCUGGGGCCGAUGUGGCUGGGGCACAGGCUGAGCUGCUGCCAGACCGGGACCCUGACGGAGAUGGGACCAAGAUCAGCACAGUGAAAGUCCAAGGGAAUGACAUCUCUCACAAGCUUCAGAUUUCCAAAGUGAGGAAAAAGGAUGAAGGCUUAUAUGAGUGCAGGGUGACCGACGCCAAUUAUGGAGAGCUUCAGGAACACAAAGCCCAGGCCUACCUAAAAGUCAACGCCAACAGCCAUGCCCGGAGGAUGCAGGCCUUUGAGGCCUCACCCAUGUGGCUGCAGGAUAUGAAACCUCGCAAGAAUGUCUCCGUGGCAGCUCCCAGCAGUAUGCACAGCUCUGCCAACCAGCGAGUGCCCUCCACUUCCAGCCCUCAAGAGGUAGCCAAAAUCCCCAAACAAAGUCCACAAUCAGGUGCGAGGAUAGCUACAAGCCAUGGACUUUCUGUCCUGCUUCUUGUCUGUGGCUUUGUGAAGGGUGCUUUGCUUUAGUCUAAAGUGCUGACUUUUUUCCAAUAUCACUUUCUCUUCUUAAAGCAAAGAGCAAAUCGCCUGUAAAAUCUACGGAGCGGACAGCAAAGUUGACCCUAAACUCCAAGCACCACUCUGCACCCACUGUACUCUAAUUACCUACACAAGGAGCGCCCACUUUCCGAAGCAUAAAUGAAGAGGCUAUCUCACGCUUUGUUCAUAACAUUUUCUUGGGCAAAUCACUGAUCUUUUAUUUCAAGAGAAUUAGUGUGAAGUGAUAGAACAUUUUCUAAUAGCAAGAUCUAUAUUUUUCCUUUUCUUUCGGCUACUCAAAGCAUCAUCUCACUGACUGCUCAGGGGUUGGCCUGACCAUCCUCGGUAUAGUGAAUAUUUACCACAGACACCACUGAUUUCCUACUAAAGACCCAUUAUCUGCAGAAAGUAAGCAGAGAUCAAAAGGCUACAGAAAAUAAACUAUCAUCAAACAAAACCCCUGGCUGGGGGCAAGAACAAAAUUUUCAACACUGCAAGUCUACAACAUUAUUUUAAAUAAAUAAUAAUUUAAAUAAGGAAUAAUUUUAAAUAAGAAAUAAUAAAAGAGAAUUUUGUUGUUGUUGUUGUUUCAACCCUUUUCUUGGGUUUGUCUCCUUUUUCUUGAUUGUAGUUUUUAUUCCAUGCUGGCAAAAGCUGAUUAUGGCCAAUCCCUGUAAAUCCUGGGAGGUUUAUAUGAAGACAUUUUAAGCAUUCUAUAUUUCAGUGCAUUUUAAGUUAUUUUGCAAUUCUUGUAUACGCAAAUGACAAAUUCUGUAAAUUGCUUAUAGUAUGUGUGAUACAACUUCAAAGUAGAUAGACUCUGAGCCUCAUGCAAGCUGAUUUUUAUCAUUGUCUAUAUAAAUAUAUACAAAUAAAUAUCUAUAUGUUGGGCCAUCAACCAACUUUCUUUUUGGAUAAAACAUUUGUUUUUCACUUAGAAUUCCUAUAUAGUGGGUAUUUUGUAAUGCAUUGUUUCACUCCCACAGGGUUGACAGUUGCAGGUGGCUUCUGUUGCCCCCUGCUUCCUUCUGGAAAAUGCAUAUUCAAAAUUGUAUUGGUCUCUGAUAAAUUAAUUAAUUUUGUUGUGUGUAUGCUGUGUUGGAAUUUGCUAUGUUCCUUUAUAUAAGGUGUUUAUUGGGGCUUGAGGAUCUUUUGACUGAGAAUGUACGUGCUCUUGUUUUGACAGCCAUUCCUGUAUCACCAUCAUUUUUGUCAAAAAGCAAUGUCGUUUCUAUAAAAUUUGCCUGGGAAGGGGAUAUGGGGACGGUGAAGGGGUCAUCAUGAGUCCCUAAAUUCAUGAAAGAACACUUUUUGCUAUGGCUAAAAAAAUGUUGCUUCCUUUGAUCUGUAUGAAUUUUUCUAGCUUUGUUAUUCUGUUACUUGCUAAUUAUAUUUUAAUGUCUGCUAAUUAAAAUUAAAAUUUGGUUGUUGGCUAAAUAUAGUAUGCAAAAGAUGACUACAAAUUCCCAACUAAAGAAGAUAAUGUGUUCAGUUUUCACUAGUUAAGUGAAUUAUAAUUUUAAAUAUUUUAUUCUUAUUUUUGGCUUUAUGACUAUUUUAUUUGGAACCUCUUUUCUACUCUGGCAAAGAAUGAUAGGCAGAACUAGCAUUGCGUUCCAUAUACACUAUGGAAUAGAUAUGGUUGAGAUAGAAAUUACCUGAGUUUUCCUUCCAGAGAGACUCUUCCAUUUUCAUUCAUAACAAACCAGAAGAUCAUCUCUAUAGGACCAGCAGCACCAAGUCUAAGGUCCUAGACUGGAGCCUGAAGCAAUGAAUACCUCUGCUUUUCAAAGGUAAAUGCAUUGAUUUUCUGCAAUUCAGUUAUAAGCAAUGUGAUAUUUUCAUAAUAUCCUUAACAUUAUCAUUUGAGAAAUUAUGUUUCAUGCUAAAUCUUUUAUUGACAUUUUUUGUUCACUUGGCUUAUUAUUUCAGUCUAAUGAGAAAAAAUAAAUAAAAGAUUUGAUUUCACUA